AUGAGUCCUCAUAGAGGGGACCAAAUAUUAUUCUUACAAAGAAAACAAAAACUAGGCUUCCGGGUUAGAAUUGAUGAAAAGUUUUGGUUGGGAAUGUUUUUUACUAAGAGAAUUCUUCACAUGAUCGAAGAUGCAAAAUGCAGAAGCUUAUAUGGCAAUUGUUCUGAUUGCAAACGACAACGAACUGCGAUAGCAUGGUGCAAGAAUUGUGAUAUUGCAUUUUUGAAAGAAAAUUUCAAUAAUUGGACCAGCGGAAGUUCCAUGAUAGAUUUAUUUAUUAGGCAUACCCAACUAAACGCCAAUGAGAGCAUGGACUAUCUUGAAUGGAUUGAUUUUGACCAACUUGACUUGAUUGAAAAUAUAAAUAAAAGAGGUGCUUUUAGUUCGAUUUAUUCCGCAGUAUGGAUGGAAGGACCCAGGUGGAAUCUUGAUGAGGUAGCUGAAUUAUGGACCCGUAAUGGCCCGACUAAAGUUAUCCUAAAGCGUUUGAAUAAUUCUCAGAAUAUGAGUCAAGAAUUUGUAAACCAAUUAUAUAGAUAUUACAAAUGUUUGCAAAAUGGAGCACUUGCAGAUUACUUUGGCAUGACUAAAGAUCCGACAUCUUGUUACAUGUUCGUUAUGAGAUAUUAUGAAAAUGAGAAUUUAUAUUCGUACCUCGCUGAAUCUAUGGGAAAUCUUUGCUGGAGAGAUGUUGUAGAUAUUUUAUGGUCAAUAUCCGCGGGUCUUAAUGUCAUUCAUGAGCUUGGUCUUAUUCAUGGAAAUUUACACGGAGGAAAUAUAUUAGUUGAAAGAAAAAUGAAUUCAAUUAACGCUAAAAUCGCCGAUACUGGAUUACACGGACCUGCUAACAAACAAAUAUCGCAAACUUAUGGUGUAAUACCCUUCGUUGCUCCAGAAAUAUUUGGUGGAAAUACGCCGACCAAAGAAUCUGAUAUCUAUAGUUUCGGUAUGACCAUGUGGAUGCUAUCAGCUGGGGUACGUCCUUAUUGUGAUAUACCUCAUGAUUCACAACUCAUACGACAAAUUUGUUCAGGAUUAAGACCAAGUGUUGUUAGUGGAACUCCACCCGUUUUCUCUAAGUUAAUGCUGCAAUGUUUAAAUUCUAGUCCAUCAAGUAGACCAACGGCAUCCCAAAUCUCCGAAUGUUUAGAGAAUUGGGUUUCUGAUUUACCAAGCCAAUUCGAUGAUACUAACGUUCCAUUCGUAAAUUUGGAAAAGUUAAGUCUUCAGUCUUCACUAUGUCAUGAAAAAGCCAUCUAUUUUAGCCGUCCAUUAGAUUCAUUCGUUAUUCAGUAUUGA